GUCUCGUUCUCCAACCACCACUUUUGUAACUGAGGGGCGGGGCCAGGAUGCUGAGGCGGCCUUUCAUUGGUUCUUCCGUGUGCCGGGGAGUGGCCUGGGAGCGCGCGGCCAGCUGUGAGGGGAAGCCCCCCCGGAGCCCCCCUGCAGCCGCUGAAGUACUUAAGGACAAAGAGCGGCGGCGUCCCGCUCCAUCCUGCACCGCGGCUUCAGGAGUUCGAUUCCCGUGUUGAAGAGCGCGGACUUCCUCCCGGUCACGUUCCUCCUGUUCUGCACCAUGCUGGCGCCCCCGGGUACCUGCUGCCUCCUGUCCGGCCUGCUGUGCAUGCUGGUGCUUUGCAGUGCUCAGUCGAACUCCGCCUCCCCCGUGAUCCAGCUGCGUCUGGCUGGGGAGAAGAGGAAGCAUUACGAGGGUCGGGUGGAGGUUUUCUACAACGGGGAGUGGGGGACGGUGUGUGAUGACGACUUCUCCAUCUACGCUGCACAUGUGGUGUGCAGAGAGCUGGGCUUCCUGGAUGCCCAGGCCUGGUCUCCCUCAGCCAAGUAUGGAAGAGGCGAAGGUCGCAUCUGGCUAGACAACGUCCACUGCUCCGGCUCAGAGAAGAGUCUGGCUCAGUGCGAGUCCAACGGCUUUGGCGUGUCGGACUGCAAACACUCUGAAGAUGUCGGGGUCGUGUGCUCCACAAAACGCAUUCCAGGGUUCAAGUUCAUCCGGAACGAGAUUCACAAUGACCAGGGUUUGACUGUUCAGGUGGAGGACGUGAGGAUCAGAGCGACGUACUCGCACAGGAAGCGUGUUCCCAUCACUGAGGGCUUUGUGGAGGUGAAAGACGGAGGCAAGUGGAGGCAGAUCUGCAACGAGGGCUGGACGGAGAUGAACAGCAGGGUCAUCUGCGGCAUGUACGGUUUCCCUGGAGAGAAGCGCUUCAACGUCCGACCCUACAAGCUGCUAGCCCAGCGCCGCAAGAAAAACUACUGGGGCUUCGGGGUGAACUGCACGGGCAACGAGGCCGACCUCUCCGAUUGUAAACUGGGCCGAGAAAUCAAGCUGAAGGGCAACGGCACCUGUGGGCGGGGCAUGCCGGCGGUGAUCAGCUGUGUGCCAGGACGAGCCUUCGCCCCGAGCGUCAGCAUCGGCUUCAGGAAGGCCUACAGGGUGGAGCAACCUUUGGUGCGUCUGAGGGGUGGAGCCAUGAUCGGCGAGGGGCGGGUGGAGGUGCUGAGGAACGGGGAAUGGGGAACCAUUUGCGAUGACAACUGGAACAUCCGAGCCGCCACCGUCGUGUGUCGAGAGCUGGGUUUCGGCAGCGCCAAGGAGGCUCUCAGUGGCGCUAAAAUGGGACAAGGAAUCGGACCGGUCCACAUGAACGAGGUGGAGUGUUCCGGCUUUGAGAAGUCUCUGACUGAGUGCUCCUUCAACCAGCAGUCUCUGGGCUGCAGCCACGAGGAAGAUGUUGCCGUUAAAUGCAACGUUCCCGCCAUGGGCUUCAACAAAAAGCUGCGGCUAAGCGGAGGUCGAAACCCUUAUGAAGGGCGCGUGGAGGUGCUGACGGAGAGGAACGGCCUUCUGACGUGGGGCAGCGUGUGCAGCGACAGCUGGGGCACCAUGGAGGCCAUGGUGGUGUGCAGACAGCUGGGUUUGGGCUUUGCAAGCCAUGCUUUCCAGGAGACGUGGUACUGGCAGGGAGACGCCUCCACCGACGCCGUGGUGAUGAGCGGCGUGAGGUGUUCGGGGACGGAGCUGACUCUGGAUCAGUGUCUGCAUCAUGGCGUCUUCGUCGACUGUCCCAAAGGAGGCGGACGCUUUGCUGCUGGAGUUUCCUGCACUCAGACGGCCCCAGACCUGGUUCUCAACGCUCCGGUUGUGGAGCAGACCACCUACCUGGAGGACAGGCCUUUGUACGCCCUGCAGUGCGCCAUGGAGGAAAACUGUCUGUCCAGCGCUGCUUCCAAAGCCGACCCCACCUCCUACCGCCGCCUGCUGCGCUUCUCCUCCCAGAUCCACAACAACGGCCUGUCGGACUUCCGACCACGGGCGGCGCAUCACUCGUGGACCUGGCACGAGUGCCACAGGCAUUACCACAGUAUGGAAGUCUUCACACAUUACGACCUGCUGAGUCUGAACGGCACUAAAGUGGCAGAAGGACACAAAGCCAGCUUCUGCCUGGAGGACACCCAGUGUGAUGAAGGAAUCCAAAAGAGGUACGAAUGCGCAAACUUCGGAUCUCAGGGCAUCACAGUGGGCUGCUGGGACACGUACAGGCACGACAUCGACUGCCAGUGGAUCGACAUCACAGACGUGAAGCCUGGAGAUUACAUCUUCCAGGUUGUAAUUAACCCGAACUAUGAGGUGGCAGAAUCUGAUUACACCAACAACGUCAUGAAAUGCCAAACGCGAUACGAUGGACAUCGGAUAUGGACGUACAACUGUCAUAUAGGUGGAACGCUGAGUACAGACAUGGACGACAACACGUUUCCUGGUCUUCAGACCAACCAGUUUUCUCACAGGUAGACCCGGAGCGGACUGCACGAGAGGGCGGCAUCAGGGAAGCGUGUGCUCAUGGUGAACAACCACUAGGGGGCAGUGCGAUGCUGGACUGUUGCUGAGCCCAGAGCUCACACGGUGAAACUGAAUCCAUUUACUUUACAGCUGCAUUCAUCUGGAUGCAGUGGUGCUCAACAGAUGCAAUAAGGACUGAAGCCAAAUAAAUAUUCAACUUUGUGAACAUUCUUUUAGGCCAAAGAGUCAAUGCUAGCGUAACUGUGAGCGUUUGCUUUGCUUUGAACUGACGAAACGUGUGCUGGUCAGAGAAAUGAGAAGUUCUUUCAUCCUAAAAUACAGAGGAGCUGACCCUGAAAUGUUCACGAUAAUAUCUGCAGAAUAAACAACUCAAACUAGGAUGAAUGUCUUUGCUGCCAGAGGCGACGAGUAAACAGAUGCUUGGCUUUGUUCAUCUUGUGAAGACUUUCAGGAAGAAACUAAACGGCUCCGUCACUUUUUUAAAUGUUUCUUUUGCUUUACGUCAUCAUAUCUGCUUCUCUCUGAGCUUUGUUAAAUUAUUCCAGUCAGGGAUGUGGAGUACUGUAGCAGCCACACGUUUGUGAAAAUGCCUCCUUGUGGAUUUGUACGUUAGUUUUUUUCAAAUGCAGCACCGGCAGGAUCCUUCAUUUUAUAAGGACGGCUGAUUGUUGCUAAAUGUUUUCAUUUGUCUGUUAAAAAGAAAAUACCUUUUGAAUAAAAAAAUAUUCAUUUUCUCUGUU